CCGAAAAGCAAAAUUAAGCAAAUUUCAAGUGAUUCAAAGCACUGCAGCUUCUGUCCCAACUGUCUGUGUGGGGAUGACAGCUCUAUCAGCUUUAGAAAGCCCAGGCAAACAAGAUUGAGCCAUCUCUAUGUACACAUGGAGCGGGUCCUCCUCCACGGAGUCCACCAUGUGUUCUACAACAGCCCGGAAUGGACAAAGUUCUGCAACAGUUCUGCCCUAACAGCAGAACCAUAAGAAGUGAGAACAAAGAGCUAUCCUGGGAAAUUACCCUGUCGACAGACGGCAUGUUGAGACUUCGUUAGCACAACCACCCAACCUAGUGCCUCUCCAGCCUGAUCGAACGGAGCAACUCUCCAUGACAGGACUAAGGAGCAAGAGAAGGGGGAGUCCCAUUGGCAUUCUUUAACAUCUCCGUUGCUCACUUGUGUUCAGAGAGCCAUCUGUAGAUCAGGAAGACAAAAAGACGCUCCUGAGCCUCGGCGUCACUCAACAGGAUUGUCGAAGGUCAGGUGUCAGUGGUGAAAUGGACUUCUUGUCAGCAUGGAUUGUAUCUCCUUUGGCUCUACCCUUUGUCUGCCUCAUCUGGGGCACGCAGGCCCAGCAGGCCUUCAGGUCUGAGCCCAAGAACCUCACUGUGCAGAGAGGAGCCACAGCUGUGUUGAGGUGUGAGGUGCUGCGGGCCUCAGGGACUGUGCAGUGGGUGAAAGAUGGCCUCCUCCUGGGACCACAGAGAAGCCUGCCAGGCUUUCCACGCUACAGCAUGAUUGGAAUCCCCCAGAGAGGACAGCAUCAUCUACAGAUUGCAAAUGCCCAACUGGAAGAUGACGCCUCCUAUGAAUGUCAAGCGGGCCGGUCUGAGAGCAGUGGAGCAAUAAUUUCCAGGACAGUCUGGGUCAACAUGCUAAUUCCUCCUUCCAAGCCGUACUUUGAGAUGGACAUGGCAACACCUUGGGUAGCAGGGAAGAAGUACGCCAUCACCUGUAUCGCCCCUGACGCAAAGCCCCUGGCUGAAAUCACACUUUAUAAAGAUGGAGUCGAGCUGACAGGUGCAGAGUCUUUCACCAUGUCUGGCUCAAAGGAUAAGCUCCUGAACACGCAUGCUGAAGUAACGGUCACCGCUUUAAGCUCUGACAACGGGAGGCAGCUGGCGUGUCAUGCCAAGAACCCCGCCCUAUUCCGGCCUGUGGAGACCACAAUGACCAUGAGCGUGUACUUCCCGCCUCAGCCUCCAGUUAUUGUAGGUCUGGAGAGAGAGGAAGUCAAAGCGGGGAGAAUGCUCAUGUUGGAGUGUGUGUCUCAUGGUGGAAACCCCCUAGCCACUCUCCACUGGACCAAGGACGGUGAAGUCCUUUCCAUGACUUGGGAAGAGGACACUGUGGCGCAGAAGUCCAGCAGCAUCCUCAACCUGAAGAUCGCCCCCGAAGACAACCAGGCGGUGGUGUGCUGUGAGAGCGUCAAUCUGGUGUCCCUGUCACCUCUGUCUGUCAGCCGCAAACUCACCGUGCUCUUUGAGCCCGAAGAGGUGACACUGUGGGGCUCGCUCACGGCCAUCGAGGGGCAGGACUUGAAUCUGAGCUGCUAUGCCACCUCCAGCAAUCCACCUGUCCAGAUUCGCUGGUGGCUGGGCUACAAGGAGCUCAACAUCUCCGUUGCAACAAUGGAAGAGGGAGACAAUGGUGGGAUGACAACCAUGUCCAACAUGACCCACAGGGUCUCCCGGGAGGAAGAUGGGCUGCAACUCACCUGUGAGGCUUUCAACAAGGGCACACACUUCUCCAAGACCCAGACUGCCAUUCUGAGUGUCUAUCACCCCCCUCAAAAGGUAUGGCUCGAUGCUCCCCCUCAAGAUGUCCCCCUUCGGUCAGGGACCACGGUCCGUCUCACCUGCUUCUCCACUGGAGGGAAUCCCACUGGGACUCUGACCUGGUUCAAGAAUGGAAGGGUCGUGACUGACGCACUGAGGCAGACGCCCUUUGAACGGGGUGUUGCUCGAGAACUGGUCCUGGUUCUGGCGGCGAGUGACAACAUGGCCACCUACCGCUGUGAUGCCACAAAUAAAGCGAGGAAGACCAUUUCUGCCGAGACUAAGCUCUUGGUUCACUUCCCGGCAAUAAGUAUGAAGAUCUCAACUAAACAGAACGAGCUACGUCGGGGCCAGAUGCUAACUCUGGAGUGCCAGUCUGGAAGCAGUAACCCAAAGGCCAGCAUCACCUGGAGCUUAGGCACACUCAGAUUCCAGGGAGCAGAGCAACCACCCAGGAGUGCUCCGUUUGGUGGCGUGUCAGUGCAGAGUUCUCUGUCCCUAAAUCUGAGUUCACAGCAUCACAAUCAGAGGGUCAUUUGCCAGGCCUACAGUCCUGUGCUAGCAGAGGGGGCUAACACAUUCUUCAAACUAAAUGUGCUUUACCCACCAGAGUUCAGCCCCGAGCAGCCAACGCAGGUCCAAGUGGUGGAGGAUGACAUGGCAACCAUCCCACUGCUGGUCUCAGCUAACCCAGAGGAGGUCUCCUGCAUUUGGCUGCACCGCAGGGAGGAACUGGUCAAAGGAGGGGAUGUGCGCUACCACUGGUCAGAUGACAACUCGCUGGAGAUCGAGAAUGUGACGAGGAAAGAUGCCGGCGUUUACACUGUCAAGUGUAGCAAUGAUGAGGGCAUCAGCCAGACCUCCAUCAUGCUGGACGUUCAGUAUGCUGCGAGUGUCAAAGCAGAGAAAGACCCCGUGUUAGUGAACCUGGGGGAAACAGCAGACCUUAUAUGUGUGGCAGAUGCCAACCCCAUUAUAUCUGACAUGUUCUCUUGGAAAUGGCUGGGAGAAGGGGAGGUGGAGAUGGGACAGGAGACCCAGGAAGACGAAUCUGGCCUCCUGACUAUCCAUGAUGUGACUCGGGCUCACGCUGGUCUUUACCAGUGCACAGCCAAUAAUGGCAUAGCACCCCCUGACACUGUAGAUGUGCGGCUGGUAGUGCAAUUCAAACCAGAGCUUCAGAAAGGAGCCCAGUGGAGGAAGGUGGCGAGUAGAGGGGACGGCACUGCUACAGCUGAGGUAGUGUGUCAGGCAGAGGGUAUUCCGCGUGUCGACUUCUCCUGGGAAAAAAACGGUGUGCACAUGGACUUUGCAAACCCCAGGUAUGAGGAGCGGACUGUGAGGGAGGGCUCCUUCCACACCAGCACAGUUAGAGUUGUAAAUGUGAGCGCAGCCUUGGACUAUGCUGUCUUCAGCUGCACUGCUCGCAACUCACUUGGGGAAGACAAGCUAGACAUCCAGCUCGUCAGCACAAGUCACCCCGAUCCUCCUUUGUCGUUUCGCCAAGUCAGCGUCACCCAUGACUCGGUCACUCUGGAGUGGAUCCCCGGCUUCAACGGCGGUUUGCAGCAAAGAUUUCGUGUAAGAUACCGUUGGGAUAAGUCAGCCAGUUUCCUCUACAUGGACGUCUUUCCUCCCAGAGCAACAACCUUCACUGUCACUGGCCUGCAGCCUGUCACCACCUACAACUUCUCUGUCAAUGCCCUCAAUGCAAUUGGAGAGAGUGGAUAUGCUGACAACAAUGCAGUACUGACCAUCACCACCAAGGAGAGGCCAGAAGUGGAAGAAGUCCUGACAGAUGACGACUCAGUCUCACAGAGUGCAAGUGGACUCCUGGCCUAUUUGACAGUGGUGUUCACAGUGGUGUUUGGAGUCCUGCUGGUGUUUAAUUCCCUGGGUUGCUACUUUGGACUGAGGUGGAAAAAGAAGCGAGGCCAGACAGGGGGUAGAGGAGGCAGUAUGUUGGAUAGAAAGAAGAGUGAAGAGGAGGGGUCCAGUCAGUCAACUGUAAGCAACUCCAAUAAGUAUGAGAGCAGAGAAAAGAUCAACGCCGCAGCCCAGCGCACCCUCCUCAUCGACUCUGGGUCUGAAACAGACAGCAAUGUCUACGAGAGCUAUGCAGCGGAAAGUGCCCAUUAUUAUUACCCUACCGGUGACUACACGCUGCCUUUCAGCCCACUCCCUGAGGAAACGCGAAGGCCUGAUGUCACCCACCUCCCCGUGGACUCUCACAGCCAUCUGUAUGAAGAUGUAAGAGACGGGGGACUGUACCAGGACAUCCUGGCUUCCCGAACUCUUCCUUCCCCUGCGUCCUUGUUUGACCACAGAUUGCCACAUCAAAGGCGUGAGUGGAGAUCACCGACCUCCCCCCAGGGUGCUGAGAGAGUGGGGGAGUUCAUGGAUCUACGACAGCCACAGAGAGAUUCAGAGCUUCCCUUUGAACUGCGAGGCGAAUUAGUUUAGAAUAAGAAGGUCAGAGCAAACACAUACGCUACGGCACGGCUUGUGACUCAACAGUUGUCAUUUAGUACUGAUGAGUAGCAGCUAUUGAAUACAGUGUCUUUUUUUUUAAUUCUUUUCGAAUGGUAUUUCACAAGUCACCUUGAAUGUACCCAUCAAAAGAUUAGAAUGUAGCUGGAGUGCUAAAAUGUCAUUCAGUAUUUCAAUAUAAUUUUUUCUGUGUAUAUUGUUAACAGUGAGUGUUGUCCCACAGCCGGGUAUGACAAACUCAAGAGGCUGAACAGAAGUGAGCACAAUGAUUUGAGAAAUAUCUGAAAGCCAAGCCAUGCAAUCAAGAAUUUCAAAAUGCUUUUUACAUCCACCUGCUUAUUUUCUUCCCCCUCUGUGAUCCUACACCUCCCUUGACCUCUUUUUGUUCUUUCACCUUUACCCUCUUCCUUGGAGCCAAGUCACGGUCACUACUCACAGUCCCCCCCUCCUCCUUUGGCCUGCAGGUAGACAUGAAUCAGUCAGUUAUAGACAAAAAUGGACUGACAACACUGUGGUUAGCGCUGGGACAGAAGCAGCACAGACUCACAGUGCCUCCGAAGCAGACAGCAUCCUAUUUGACCCAUAUGAUGUCAACAUUUUAAACAUGUAUCCAGACGGGAACCUGACGACAGUGACCUGUCCCUCCCCUCUACGACACAAAGAGUUUCACAGUUAGUCUGUGGGAAUCCCUACAAUAGGAUAGUACUGAGUGGUAUUUAGCAUGGUUAUGUCUUCAGGACGCAAAGCCAUAUCUGGGGCCAGACUCUAAUCCUGUUUUCUCUGGGAUUGGGGUUCAGCUCACAGCAUCAGCGAGAGAGAGAAACCGUGCAGGGAAUUUGUUUCACCGAGAGUGGACAGUCAAAGACAGAUAGAGUCAGGAAGAGAGGCUAAGCUGCUGCUGUGGCUACUGCUACCAUAUAUAUAUAUAUAUAUAUAUACACACACUCUUUUCUUCCAGUGGGUUUCAUUACUGUUUAAAUUAUAGUUGAAAGAAAAACAGUAAUUCUAAUCUUUAUUUAUAGAACACUUUUUGAAGCCAAAGUUGCUUCCCACAAGACAGCAAAUUAACAAUAACAUCCAAUAUAAAAUCUAAUAAAAAUGGAUUAGAUUUUGUAACAAGAUUAAACCAGUUCUAACAUUAUAGAGAUAAAAAUACAAUUUAAGUGAAAUAAAAAAAAGACAAAGAGUCUGCAGCCAUGCUAGCAGCUCUGGGAAGCUGCACUUUACCACAGCAGUGGUUUGAGCUAACUGCUGAGAUCAGCAUGCUAACAUGCUCACAGUGACAAUGCUAAUAUGCAGAUGUUCAGCAGGUGUAAUGCAGACCCCCAGGACGUGCACUAGGCUUUGAAGCCAAUUUUCGUAGUGACCAAACCGGGUAACUCUUGGGUCCAUCACAUGAUGCCACUGGGCCCUGAAAGACUUUUCCCCAUAGACUUAUAUUGUGAAGGCAACGUCUGUAAAUCAGUGAAUACAUUUCUUAGAGCGUCACAACCCCUGCAAAAUUACUAUCAAAAUUUGAUCCAUUCAAUGUGAUAAAAUUUGGAAAGUCUACAAGAGCCGCACAAUUAAAUGAUUUUAUUCCCAUUCCAUCCAAGUUAGCAGAUCACUAAACAGGAAGUAGCUGACUCCACCAGUAGAAGUCUCUGGUGCUCCUGGCCUAUGGGCAGUAAUGGGUGGUAAUGUUACGCGCCAGUUGAACAUUUUGGCUUUAUGCACCACUGAGCAACUGUCAUAGGAAUCAGGGGGGUCCAGUUCCCAGCCCUGUAUCCAGUUUUCUUUAUACAUCCAUGAUAUAAAGUGUAUCAAGUUCACCAUCUCAGUUUAACUUGAUAAGAAGCUAACUUUUCCUAAUAAACACUAAAGUGCAGCUGAGGUUAAUAGGAACGUCAUUAGUUUUGCAAUCUUCAGAGACCAGAGUUUUGGGCAAACUGAAAUUUUGGCCUUAUAUUGCCAGGCGAAAAGUCAGGGGAUCACCAAAGUUGGUGGGAUUCAUCUUUUUUUCAUAUUAUAUUUGAUUUUCAUCUCAAAAACAACAAUACAUAUACAAACAGACUAACAAACAUACUCAACCCACAUACAAAAAAAAACAAAAAUAAAGACAAAUGCCUCAAAAAAUUCAUAAAUAAAAAUGAAAAAGCCAGACUUGGUGGAAAUAAAUACAAUGUUAAGCCUAUUACAUAAACAGAACGGCAAAAUGGCCAAGAUAAUAGAUGGUAAAGUAAGGCGCCCAAGUAUUGGGUCCCAAACACUCUCAAAUUUAUCAUACAAACUCAGUUUGUUGUAUCGAAGUCUCUCAAGGUGAAUCCCCAAGACUACUUCCCUAAGCCAUCUACAGAAAUAGGGAGCACUGGUAGCCUUCCAUUCCUUAAGAAUAAUCCCUUGCUAUUAACAGGCCAACCAUCAGGAACCUCUGUACAGUAUGUGGCAGAGCAAGAGAAGCUUCAGAACAACCAAACAGGGCAAUUAACGGGUCAAGUUCAGUGUGAAUGUCAUGAAUUUUACAAUACCUAGAGAAGAUAUCCUGCCAAAAAGGAACAAUCUUAGGACAAAACCAGAAUGUAUAACCUAGAGUACCUUAUGUAAAGUUGGUGGGAUUAAUCUUUACAGGAACAUGAAUGUUUGGACAAACUUUAGUGGCAAUUCAUGAAAAGUUCUUGAAAUAUUUCAGUCUAGACCAAAGAGGUGCCACUGCCAUCCAUAGAGCCAUGCUGUUAGCAUGGGUUAAAAAAUCUAAAUUAAAAUAAGGACAAAAGCCUGUUUUAAGAAAAGAUCUGAAAAAAUGUUACAGACUUAGCUGUCCUCAUUUCUUCAAGCAAGUCAUCCUGGAGCCUCAGUUCCUUGAAUAUAUGUAUAUCUGACCAAUAUUUAUUGACGAUAUAAGUGCGUACAUGUGUUUCCAUCUAUCUGUUUUGGGGCACAUUUUUAAUUAGCGCAUAAAUUACUGAGUGGAAUCACCAAAAAAAAUCUCAAAAUAUCACAAAGUUUUUAUGCUUGGAGAGGUGGAGAAAAUGGUGUAUUGAUACAAGCUAAAUGUAAUGGAAACUGAUUCAGGGAAUGUAUGAUGACGUACAGUCAUGACGUACCCUGUCGUUGUAUAGGCCACUGCAAACACUCUGUGUUAUCACUGGCUGGCUUUUAUUCACAAAGCACUGUUACAAGAACUCUUCUAAGAGAACGGAGCUGUAAUGUCCGCUGUUCAAAACUCUCUAUUUUCAUUCUUCAGUGUGCUCUCCGUUAUUAUACAUUGAUUGUUUUCCUUUGUUUGAGGUUUUACUAGCGUUCUCCACUGGUGUGAUGUCACCUGACCUGAGAAUUAGCACCACCCCUUGCUUAUCUUGAUGAACCAGCUCCCAAUAUUCGCACAUAAAUUCGCAUUUUCUUUUGAUGAUUUUCUGAAAACUGGGUUAAAAUUCCUGCUACAUUUGGAUGAAAACCAAACUAUUGUCACACCAUCCUGAGAACCAAUGAAACACACGCAAAAAAUAGAUGGUGUCUUCCUGGAUUACAAUAACAGGGUUGCGCUGUAUAUUUUUAUGUAACUUCAUCUUUGAAGGUUCACUGUGCACAGAUCAUAAACUUCCUCAAAGUUUCCACGGCUCUUUUAGGUUCCCGCUGCCUUGUAAAAUACACAAAUAGUGACUGGGCUCUUAUUAUAUCUGUACACGGAGCCGUUAUGCAUGCAUCCUGUUUCUGCUUCCAACUUCUGCUUUUCCCCCAAGCACUAUUCGUCACAUCAGUCUCAUGAGUACACAGAUGCACACACGAAACACAAUAACACAGUGCAGGCAAAUCUUGAUUUAUUCUUCCUUAACAGAAAUGUCCACUUUUAUUUUUUGAUAAAGAUGAUGUGGUGUGCUUCAUGACUUUUUCUGUAGCUGGCCCAAGCUUCACACAACAUUACUCUUUUUAGUGUUAUCACUGUAGAGUGCAGUGGAGAUGUUUACUGAGAGAAGUGAUAGUUAAAUUCUGGCGAGGCUGCUGUCGUCCACACAUUUGUACAAACCUACAACAUUCUGUUUCCUCAAUGGAGCCUGACUGCCUAGAGAUAAAUCUCAAUGUUUCACAGAGCUGCGUUCCCUCAAUUAGGCUCACUAUUCUCCAUCAUGAGCUGUCAAGGUAUGUUUGUCUCAUUACUGAACAAUUGUUUAAGUUCCUGUCAAGAUGACUGCUGUAUUCAUACCAAAGCCUGUUCAUGAUGCAUCAUUUUGACUCAGGCAGGAGCGGUAAUCUGCUAAACUGAAGGCUUGACAGCUCAAUACUGUACGUCAACUUCUAUUUUUCCUCAUUUGCCUCGUGAACGUUUUGAUAUGAUGCGUUCAGAAGAAUCUCUUGGGAGCUCCACCAUUCAGGCUGCACGAGUGCACAAUUAAAGUCAAAAGAGAAACAAAUAAGAGACUUUAAUUACCUCAGCUCUGGCAGUGUUUCCGCGUCCUUUUUACCCCUCUCCUGAAUGUUUUUGUGGAAAACAAACAGGAGAUUCAAUAAUACUCCUUUAUCACUUUAACAGGUUGUGCUACCAGUGGGGAGCUAACUCAAAUUUAACUCAGAUUUCCGCAAACCCUGUCAUUGCUCUCAUUAUUCAGAUUUUUCAAUUUGAACUAAAUAGAAAUCAAAUCAAAAGCAACCACAGGUUUUACAAAUUAGAACAUGAUUUUACUGGCAGUUAUUAUGACUCACUUUGUGGCUCUGCUCUCCUGUUGUCAGUAAUGAGGAUGUAAUUUGCCCUCCAAUGUGGAUGAAAGAAUACAACUGAAUAAAUAUAACAGUGGUCCAUGAAAGAUAACCAGGAAGUGAAAAUAAUUGAUUGAUAAUCUUGAUAAAGGAAGAUCUGAAAGCAUAUUGAAACUGAAAUAGCAUCUUUAAUUAUAGAUGAGUUUGAUGACUGGCCGCAGUGUGUACACCGUACCAGGAAGACGAGACAAAAUAAAGCUAUACCACAGAAAAGCAGACGUGCUUACAGAGUCCAGAGAGAUCGCAUAUAAAACAACAUGAAGCUGAGUUUUUCCAUUGUUAAAACACUGCACGCUUACAGUCACCAUUUGUCUCUAUUUGAAAUAGUGUAGGCUCCAUUAAACAAAAUUCACAUCCAGACGAGCAUUACUCUCCUGGUAUUUUUCCCCAAAGAUAUACAGUAUAUUCAACAAAAGAAAAAUAUCUUUCUUUUUCAAGUCUCAUUUAAACCUGGGUGUAUUUGUUUUUUAUAUGUAAGCACAUUAAAAUCCACACAUCCCCCCUGUAUCUCACUCAUUUAAAUGCACACCUACUCCCACCCAAAUACCGGGAUAAACAGAUGACAAAAGGACAAAAAAAGAGAAAAACAUUAUGUUAUUAUUAAUUCAGAGUCUAAUAGGACAUACUGUACAAAAACAUUUUAUGAAUGUUUACAUUUUAGCAUUAAUAAUUCACCUCAUAUACUGCGAUACUGCGGUACUUACAUAGACAGGUCACUGCUUUUGAAGGACCCCAUUUUAUGUACCCAUGUCUAAAAUGUAUUUUGAAAUAUUUAUCUGCACAUACUGUAUAUGUGAACCUGUAUAAUAUAAUAUAAUAAAUAAAUAAAUUGUAUUUAAUGGGAAAUUUAGAAAGCAAACUAUAUAGUGUGAUCAUGCAGGUAAACAAAAUGUCCAGCAAGAUUAAUAAAAAGAAUGAGAAAAAAAAAGGAACUAAAGGAACUAGUUAUUAAGGAAGUGUUGCAUUGAAGUGACUACAAGGAAAUGCCAUUUGUGUUGAUUUUGGCGGCCCCUGUGGACAAAAGUGGUACUGUUUCCUUGAAUGAAGACUGCACUUCCCAUGAGCGCCACCACCUCAUAUCUUAGGGUGCUUUCACACCUGCCCUGUUUGGUUCGGUUCAAUCAAGGUGUCAGGUGUGAACACAGCAAUCACACUCGAGCGUGCAGCAAAACAACUGGACCGAGACCUUCUUGAAGAGGUGGUCUCAGUCCGGUUACAAACAAACUCUGGUGUGGUUCUUCUGUGGUGAGAACAUGUUCUGACCUUGAGCCAGACCAACUGCAGCUGCAUUGCGCAUUGUUUGGGUUAAACAUGAGCAUGUUACAGUCCUGGAGGGUUAUUAAUGUGCGCCUCCUCCUGUACUGCCUUAAUAUGCACAUUCAGCACAUCCAAUGCAUCAAAUCAUUGUUUGGUUCGACUAAAAUGAACAAUGCAAGCAAUAUAGUCCACGAUGACCAGCGCUAACAUCAACCUGUGUAGUUGUCCCUCCAUUGUGACACUAGAAAGUGUUGCAUUUAUCUUGCAAGUGUACUCUUCUUCAAUAUUUUGUUUACUUCCAGGAAUUUUCCCACAUGGAAAUUUUGACCAAUCAAAGGCAGCUUUCGCUUCAGGUGUUUGAUCUUGUCCGCUUGUAAAUGCUGCUGUGAGAACACAAACCAACUGUAGGCAAUUAUCCAACUCUGAUUCAGACCAAGGCAAAUUAUCUCCAGUUCUAAAAGCACCCUUACAGAUCUUGAUCUGGCUUGUGCUAAGGUUUGUUUUGGAAGACAGACGGAACUUAUUAUCGCUGCCUGGUGUAAGCCUGAAGAGGAUCAUGCUUUUGGAAAUGUGUGUGAGUGUGUACUGGUCUGGCCACAUAAUCUCACAAACUACUGGACCAAUCAGCUUAAUAUUUUGUGUGUAGAUUUGUGACUGUAUGCUUAGGGACCUUUUUGUAGUUGCAGUGAUUCACAAUUGUUGCAAAUCUGUUUUAUUGACUGUUUUAUAUAUCAGAACUGGCUGCUGACUCCUCAAUGCUGUUAAUCGGCUGGUAGGAGCCACAAGUUUUAUGGAAAUCAGCUCCACCGAAAACAAAAAGCCUUGCCCAGUCUGUUGCAGACCACACAUUGGCCUUUAUUGUGAUGACUGAAAUACUGACAUCUAUAGAACAGUUAGAUCUCAUUUCGAAAUGGAGCCUACAGAUUAAUUCCAUUUCUGAUAUGUUAUGAUACACCAAAAUUAGGCACAAUACAAGAUUGAAAAAAAGCCAUGUUUUGUUCUCUUUGCUGUCAUCUUGACUGUAAGGACGUCAGGAGGAACAAUGCACCUGGGCACAGCUGUGUUACAUGUAUUUGGGUGGUGAUCGGCUCUGGCGGCCACCUGGCAGCAGUCUGCACUCUACAGUGUGCACUUUUUGAUUGUUUAUUCUGUAUGUUCUGUAUGUCUUCAAAAUAUUUUAUUUUGAAAAUUAAUUAAAAAAA